CCGCCCGUCUAGUCAUUUAGGUGAACCUAUCCAGCAACGGUUUAUUCUAUCUCUUUUGAGUAAAUUAAUACCGAUUAAUUCGCAUCUCACUCGAAAAAAGGAAAGCCUCUUAAAACAGCCAUUCAUUGACCUCGAGUCAUUUUUUUUUUCUGACAGGAUCGAGUCUCGUCAUUGAAGUAUCCUGAAUAGCUUGUCAGCAUAACCUUGCUUUUGCUCCAGUGGCAUCGCAAUUAUGGAUCAACAAGGGCAGUCUGGGAUCCCAGGUCCCACUGGUAGACGGCUGCACAUCGCCCAUCGGAGAAGCCCAUCAGAGCUUACUCCUCUUAUGAUGGAGCAAUUAGCUUUACAGCAACAGAUAGAGCUGCUUCAGCAGCAACAGCAGCAGAUCGCUGCAACUCACCAACAAUACGUUAACAUGGGAUAUCUACAGCCCCAACAACCGCUGCAGCACAUGACUAACGCCUACUCUCCAACCGGUAUUCAAGGCCAAGGUGGCAUCCCUAACAUGCCAUCUCAUGGAAAUGCGUUCCAGUUUCCGCAAGUCCAGCAACAACAGCUCGGCGUUCCCAUGAACAAUCCAAAUCAACCAUCGCAUCGCCGCAACCAAUCUGCUAUGCCUAAUGUUGGAAUGGGUCCUCCCCCGGCUCCCUCCUCCGGGUCAGCUUACGGCGAGUUCAGCCAGCAAGGCCAAACCCAAUCGAGUCAAAGUCGCGAGAAUGGCGGUCAAGGUCGUGGUCGGGGUGCACCUGGUGGUGGACACCAACGUCGCCACUCUUUAGCUCUUCCAGAAGCCAGAAAAGCUGCCGAACUAGCACAACAGAAACGAACUACUUCCGGCUUCCAAUUUCCAAUACCCGGCUCUUCGGGCGCCUCUAGUUCAGGCCAGGGUGAAAGAAGUUCCACGCCCGAAGAAAAAGCGGGCACCGCUGCCACGAGCACCACGCCGCAAGCCCCACAAGGCUUGGGGGUCCACCGGGCUGGGAAUAUCCGUGCCGGUGCUCAUAUGCGCAGCCAGUCUCUUGCUGUUGGUAAUGGUCGUGGGCCUCCCGCCAGGGGAGUUGGCGGAUUCCAAUUCCCCCAAACUGGAGAUGGUCCCGGAGACGGACAGCGCCGCUCAAGUCAUCAAGGACAUGGUCGAACUGCCUCUAGGAAUUUUGAUAGCAAUUGGCGUCAACAAGGCAACCAGGGCCAGGCGCAAGACCAGCAGAGAGGCUCCAUGGGGGGUUUCAACCAACAGCAAGGCGGAGGUGGUUUUCAGCCGGGUCACCGAGUACGGGGCUCUGUAAACCAGUCCGUUGGCUCUAUAGGUUCCUUCCAAUAUACCGGACAGCCUCAGCUCAUCCAGCUGCCUCAAGGACCGGUCGUCAUGGCACCACCUCAACUUUUCGGUGCUCAGCAUCUGGGGCCUCUUCAAUUAGCUCAGUUGCAGGCCAUGCAGCAGGGCGGACAGCUGAACGGGCAAAAUGUGUCACUGCAACCUAAUCAACAAAUCAGCCCUCAGCUCGCGGCCCAACAGCAGCAGCAACAGCGAAAGACCCUGUUCACCCCAUAUCUUCCUCAAGCAAACUUGCCUGCCUUGCUCAACGACGGGCAGCUAGUCACUGGUAUCUUACGGGUCAACAAGAAAAAUCGGUCCGAUGCCUAUGUUACUACACCUGACCUCGAUGCGGAUAUCUUUAUCUGUGGCAGCAAGGAUAGAAACAGAGCUCUUGAAGGUGAUCUUGUCGCCGUAGAACUUCUCGAUGUGGACGAAGUCUGGAGUCAAAAGCGUGAAAAGGAAGAGAAGAAAAAGCGAAAGGAUAUCACCGAUACUCGAAGUGGCAGCUCCGCCGGACUUGACAAAGGCAGAUCCGAUUCAGUCACAAACGGAGACUCUCAAAUCGCUCCCGAUGGAAGCAUUCGUCGGCGAGGUAGUCUUCGACAGCGCCCAACACAAAAGAAGAAUGAUGACGUCGAAGUUGAAGGACAAAGUCUUUUGCUUGUCGAAGAGGAUGAGAUCAGCGAUGAGCACAAGCCAUUGUAUGCGGGUCACGUCGUUGCUGUGAUAGAGCGUGUGCCUGGCCAGAUGUUCUCCGGUUCGCUUGGUCUUCUUCGUCCAAGUAGCCAGGCAACAAAGGAGAAGCAAGAAGCUGAACGUCAAGCCAGAGAUGGUGGCCAUAGUCGACCUCAGCAAGAGCGGCAACAGGACAAACCAAAAAUCGUCUGGUUCAAACCUACCGAUAAGCGUGUGCCUCUUAUCGCUAUUCCCACGGAGCAAGCUCCGAGAGACUUUGUGGAGAAGCACCAGGACUACGCAAAUAACAUCUUCGUGGCUGCCAUCAAGAGAUGGCCUAUUACUUCUCUUCAUCCAUUCGGAACUCUGGUCGAGCAAUUAGGCACCAUGGGCGACUUGAACGUUGAAACGGACGCUCUUUUAAGAGACAACAACUUUGCUUCCGAUGAAUUUUCCGAUGCCGUCUUGAAGAAUGUUGGAUUUGAAAAUUGGUCUUUAGAAAGUGAAAGUGCCGCAUCGCUGGCCUCGCGUCGUGAUUUCCGUGAUGAGAGGACCUUGACCAUUGAUCCCAACGGCUCGAACGCAUUGGACAACGCGAUCCAUGUAAAACCGCUUGACGACGAUAAAGUCGAAAUCGGCUUCCACGUUGCUGAUGUCACUCAUUUCAUCAAGUUCAACUCUCUAGUCGACAGGGAGGCAAAGAAGCGUGGUACUGGGGUGUACUUGAUGACUCGCAUUGUGAACAUGCUUCCACCUCGUCUUUCAGGCGAAGUAUGCUCUUUGCAGCCGGGAGAAGAUCGCUUGACAGUCAGCGUUGUCUUCCGUGUGGACCCUAAGACGGGCGCUGUCGAGGACGAACCCUGGAUUGGCAAAGGAAUAAUCAAGAGCUCAGGGAAAUUGACGUACGAUGAGAUCGAUGCAGCUAUUGCUGGCAAGGAAGUUGAGCUUCAAGCCGCUACCCUUGAUGAAGUUAAGCUGCUGAACAGCAUCGCGUCGAAGUUUAGAGAAGCCCGCUUCGGUCAUCGAUCAGCAGAUGUGCCGCCGCUGAGACUAUUUUAUCAACUUGACGACGAGAACGUGCCUGUCAUGCAUAAUAUUUUUGACUCUUCUACAGCUCACGAGCUUAUGGAGGAAUUAAGCCACAAGACAAACUCCCUCGUUGCUAAACGGCUAUUUACAGCUUUCCCCCAGAAGGCUUUCCUUCGCCGCCAGGCAUCUCCCAAUUUCAGGAGACUGGGAACUUUUGUUGAUAGAAUGUCCAGGCUCGGGUACGACAUGGAUUCCACAAGUAGUGGAACUCUGCAAAACAGCCUUUUCAAAAUCCAGGAUGUUGACUUGCGGAAAGGCAUGGAAACACUUCUGAUCAAGGCUAUGCGCCGUGCGAAGUAUUACGUUGCCGGAACCGUCCGGGAUGAAGAGCGACAGCAUUAUACCCUCAACUUGCCUCUUUACACUCACUUUACUAACCCGUCGCGCCGCUACGCGGACAUUAUUGUCCACCGUCAGUUAGAUGCGAUGAUAAAUAAUGCUGACUUCCCGGAGGAUAUUGAAAACCUCUCUAAAACCGCCGAUCACUGUAACAACAAGAAGGAUUCUGCCCAGAAUGCGCAGGAACAGAGCGUUCACAUCGAAUCUUGCCGCAUCAUUGACAAGAAAAGACAGGAAAUCGGAGGUGACCUUAUCAGCGAGGGCAUUGUACUUUGUGUUUACGAAUCCGCUUUUGAUGUGCUCAUCCCAGAAUAUGGAUUCGAAAAACGAGUACAUUGUGACCAGCUCCCUUUGAAGAAGGCUGAGUUCCGCAAGGAUGAACGCGUGCUUGAACUAUACUGGGAGAGGGGCGUACCAUCUUCCGCCUACAUUCCUGAAGACGAACGACCAAAGCCUACUCUAAGUUCACGAGCUGCGAACGCUGCCGCUGCUGCUCGCCAAGCAGAGGAGGCCAGACAGCGAGCCAGAGAAAGAGAGGAGGCGCAAAGGAAACAAACUGAAACGGGUACCAUGUCGACCGAUGAUGUCGAUGCUCUCUUCGAUGACGAUGAGGAUGACAUGUCCGAAUUGGCAGAAAUGGCAGCAGGCGUAUCGCUCAACUCGCCAGCUGACCGCUCCACACAGAGUAUGCCACCAUCCCCAACGAGAAACGGCCAUGUUCAAACGCCACAUCGGACCCAAUCCGAUCCGAAAAUAGCGAUUAGCGCCGCCGAGGCUCCAGAGGUCAAACUUUCCAACAAGGAGAGAUAUAUCAACCUCUUUAAACUUCGCGAGGAAGAUGGCGAGUAUAUCCAGGAUGUUACAGAAAUGACCAGAGUGCCAAUUAUUCUAAAAACUGACCUUAGCAAGAGUCCACCGUGCCUUACUAUUAGGUCGGUGAACCCAUAUGCGCUUUGAAGCCGGUAACGACAAGCUGGGCGUAUCUUUAUAGCUUUGAGUGUGUACUGUGAAACGACAGUCCCUUAUUCUGCCUGCUUAGGUCAUUUACGAAUGGUCAACAUCAUAUAUGCGGAGACUUUCCUCGACUGGUUGCCCACUUGCUACCCCAAACUCAUUAUUUUGAACUCUUCUGUUGAUGCUGCAUUUCAUACAUGAGGUUUCCCAGCUGCUGGCGUUCAGGUCCGUUGCUUCUUGCGCAUAUCGCCAUAUCACCUCACCUGUUACCGCAUUGGGUUGAAAUAAGAACUCUCACUCUUGCAAACUCAAAAGUCUAGUAGUCUGACAGCGAAUAUUCAUGAAACAGGCCCAGAUUGCUAUUGACUACAAAAUAUUACUGGUGGUUCAUGUACUGCUGCUUUGACAGAAUUUGUCAUGUGGCUUGUCUAUAUGCUUAUUUCAAAUUGCAUGUUCCUGAAAAUUGAUUUUAUACAGUGACACGCGAA